AUGGCAGACACAAUCACCGUCCUCGUCGCCACCGACAACCAUGUCGGCGCCCACGAACGAAACCCAGUCCGUGGCGACGACUCGUGGAAGACAUUCCACGAGAUCAUGUGCCUGGCCAGAGAGCGAGACGUCGACAUGGUCCUCCUCGCCGGUGACCUCUUCCACGAAAAUAAGCCUUCACGAAAAUCCAUGUACAAUGUCAUGCGGUCCGUCAGACUCAACUGCCUUAGCGACAAACCCUGUGAGCUGGAGAUGCUUUCAGACGAGUCCGAGCACUUUGACGCCACCUUUGACCAUGUCAACUACGAGGACCCGAACAUCAAUGUCGGCAUACCCAUCUUCUCAAUCCAUGGUAACCAUGAUGACCCUACUGGAGAAGGCCAUUACUCUGCUCUGGACCUGCUCGCUGUCUCCGGCCUCGUCAACUACUAUGGCAAAAUACCGCAGAGUGACAAUAUCGUGGUCAAGCCCGUUUUGAUUCAGAAAGGCCGUACGAAGCUCGCCCUCUACGGUCUCUCCAAUGUUCGAGACGAGAGGCUUCACCGCACGUUCAGGGAUCAGAAAGUCCAAUACCAUCGCCCUAGCACACAGAUGGAGGACUGGUAUAACUUGAUCUGUCUGCACCAAAACCAUCACGCCUAUACAGAUACCUCGUACCUGCCCGAGAACUUCCUCCCCGACUUCCUCGACCUCGUCAUCUGGGGUCACGAGCACGAAUGUGACAUCGAACCAAGAUUGAACCCCGAGAUGAACUUCAAAGUCAUGCAACCCGGUUCCUCAGUCGCUACAUCCCUCAAUCCCGGCGAAGCCGUGCCCAAACACGUUGCCAUUCUCACCAUCACGGGCCGCGAAAUGCAAUGUGAACCAAUCCGCCUGAAAACCGUUCGCCCAUUCGUGUACAAGGAUAUUGUCCUCGCGAAUGACAAAGAAGCCGUCCGAAUAGCCAAACACAAAGACGACCACCGCGUCGAACUUACAAGGCACUUGAUCAAGAUUGUUGAUGGACUCAUCGAGCAAGCCAAGGCAGAAUGGCUCGAGGUCCAGCCAGAGCCGGAACACCCCGACGAGGAGCCCGAGGCACCACCGUUACCACUGAUCAGACUGCGCGUGGAGACAACCUCACCAGACGGCAUCACCCGCUUCGAUAUCGAAAACCCGCAGCGCUUUUCCAACCGCUUCAUCGAUAAAGUCGCAAACACCAACGACGUGGUCCAAUUUCACGUCAAGAAGAAGAAUGCCGCGGCCCGCACAGCCUACGACGCAGAAGCCGACGAGGAGAUCAUGGCGAAGUUCCAGGGCCUGGAAAUCAUCAAAGUCGAAGAACUGGUCAGAGAGUUCCUUGAGAAGCAGAGCCUUACCAUCCUGCCGCCCAACGUGUUCGGGGAUGCCGUCCAUCAGUACGUCGACAAAGAUGACAAGCACGCCGUGGAAACAUUCGUGAAUCAGUCGCUCGCGGAUCAGAUCAAGCACUUGGUGCGAUUGCAAGAGGAUGCGGACGACGCGGAUGACGGGGAUGAAGAUCUCGCGACCCAGAUUGAGCAGCAACGCGCGAAGAUGGAGGAGAUGUUCGCCAAGGGUGAGCUCAAGAUCAGCAAGAGCAAGGCAAAGUACAAACCGAAGCCGGACGGCUGGGAUUCCGAUCUCGAUGGACACUGGGAAGACAAACCUGAGGCAUUAAUCCACGACUCGGGUGAUCUGGAAAGCAGAAUAGGCGACGAGGACGACGAAGACGGCACACCAGCCCCGGCUACACGCGGCGGAACUCGAGGACGAGGCAGAGGCAGAGGCAGAGGCGGAAGAGCGGGGUCUACAACCGCGACGUCAACUCGCAAGACGGCAAAACCCACGGCAAAGAAACCAGCCGCUACGACAGUUGCACGCGGCCGCAAGCGAGCAGCGACAUAUGAUGACGACGACGACGACGAAGAGGAAGAGGAAGAGGAAGAAGACAUCGUCAUGGGGAAUGACGACGACGACGAUGACGAAGAACCCGACUCGCAAGCCAUGUUCGUGCCUGAGCCCAAGCGUAAAGCCGCCGCAGCAAAAGCUCCAGCUGCGCGAGCCACUCGUCAUGCGUCCCCUGCCUCUGUGUCCACUACCGCGUCGCGGACAGGCGGAAGGGCCAAACCGGCGUCCUUUGCCGCCGCCUCCUCCUCCACUUCGACGACGAAGAAAACUCCCGCCCGCGCGGCGGCUUCCAAAGCAAGACAAACGCAGCUGAACUUCACCCACUCGCAGAACAGUAUUCUCGGGCGUGGCAAGGCCUCGGGCGCGGCUGAGGAGAUCAGGGAUGACGACGACGACGAUGAUGAUGCGUUCGACCCAAUUCCUGCGACGAGGAGGAGGCGGUGA